GCACCAGCAGAGAUGCAGACACAGAAGGUCCCAGGGAGGAAGCGUGGCCGGCCUCCCCUUCACUCCACACCAGUGCAGAUGGCAGUCCAUAAUCUUUAUUCUGCGUCUGCUGGCUCUGUACCGGCAGUGACGAUCCCCAAGAAGAGAGGGCGGAAACCCAGGUACAAGAUCAAGCCCCCAGUGCUCAUGACUCCCUUGGCUCUAUCACCUCCACGGAGUACCCCAGAACCCGACCUCAGCUCCAUCCCUCAGGAUGCAGCCACCAUCCCCAGCUUGGUGGUCCCACAGGCUCUCACAGUGUGCCUCUACAUUAACAAGCAGGCUGAUGCAGGGCCGUACCUGGAGAGGAGGAAGCUGCAGCAGCUUCCUGAGCGCCUGGGGCCUGAGCGGCCUGCAGCUGUCCUGCAGCAGGCGGUGCAGGCAUGCAUAGACUGUGCGCACCAGCCAAGGCUCGUCUUCUCCCUGGUCAAGCAGGGCUACCGUGGUGAACUGGUGUCAGUCUCUGCUUUCUUUGAUGGAAAACAGCACCUGAGGAGCCUGCCCGUGGUGAACAGUGUGGGCUAUGUCCUCCGCUUCCUGACCAAACUGUGCCGUAGCCUCCUGUGUGACAACCUCUUCAGUCACCUGCCCUACCCUGGGAGCCUCAGUGCCUCUGAGAAGACCCAGGAGAGAGAGGAUGGGAGGCCUGAGUCAGCCCAAGCGGCCACUGCUGAAGAGUGUCUGGCCAACCCUGUGGGCAUGGACCGCUACAGCAUGGACACCUCGUCCGCAGCCUUUAGCCACCGGGGGUCCUUGGCCCACUCCUCCUCCCAGUACUACAAGAGACUGAACUCUGGAGACGGCCACCUUGGAGGAGGCCCUGCCACUACCACCAGCACUUCCCGUACCAACCCUGUGCCCUCAGGAGGGGCGUCGACACCUGGACUGAGGUUCCCGGCCUCCAGCCCCAAGAGGAAUGAAGCCUCGAGCCCCUCUCCAGAGGUGCAGGACACCAGGCGACCAAGCAGCAGAAACCCUUCUACCUGGACUGUGGAGGACGUGGUUCGGUUUGUGAAAGACGCUGACCCUCAGGCUCUGGGGCCUCACGUGGACCUCUUCAGAAAGCAUGAGAUUGACGGCCAUGCCUUGCUGUUGCUGAGGAGUGACAUGGUCAUGAAAUACCUGGGACUGAAGCUGGGACCCGCACUCAAACUCUGCUAUCACAUCGAGAAGCUGAAACAAGCUAAGUUCUGA